AAGAAGCAAGGCGGGGAAGGGCUGGUGGUGGUGGCCGUCAAUAAUGCUCACGGCGGAAAACAGGAGGAGGCCAAAGCAAUCUCCGAAACACUCUUCAAUCACUCCUCUACUCCCUCACUUCCCAUUCAGGCCAUAGAAACGUUUAUUCAAUCUAACACCACCGAGGGAAUUCUCAAUGCCUCCUCCAAAACCUGGCCCAUCGUGGCUUCCAUGAAUGAAUCUUAUAACCCUAUUGAAACACUGAGGCGGCAAAGAAAAUUCAGCAUUUUAGAUAGAACUGAAGCUGGUCUACUACAAGCUCGAGUUGCAAUUAGAGAAGCAAAAAACAGGAGUCAAUUACAAGAUAUAGACUAUGUUCCAAUUGGACCAAUGUAUCAUAAUGCUAAAGCAUUUCACAGGAGUUACUUAGAGAUGGAGAAACUGUUCAGGGUAUAUGUGUACGAAGAAGGGGAACAUCCUGUGUUCCAUAACGGCCCUUGCAAGAACAUAUACUCCAUAGAGGGGAAUUUCAUCCAUGGCAUUGAGAUGAACGAGCGACUCCGAACAAGAGAUCCUGAGAAAGCACAUGUAUACUUCCUUCCUUUUAGCGUAGCAAUGAUGGUGCAAUUCGUCUAUGUACGUGACUCUCGUGAUUUCGGACCCAUACGAAAAACAGUCACUGACUAUGUCAAUCUCGUAGCCGGAAGAUAUCCAUAUUGGAACCGAAGCUUAGGUGCUGAUCAUUUCAUGCUCUCUUGUCAUGAUUGGGGGCCGGAGGCAUCAUUUUCGGUACCAAACUUGGGGAAGAAUUCAAUUCGAGUGCUGUGCAAUGCUAACACAUCGGAGGGAUUCAAACCGACAAAGGACGUGUCUCUUCCCGAAAUAAAUCUCCUAACGGGAACAUUAGACGGUUUCCUUGGUGGGCCAUCUGCAUCAAAGCGUCCACUUCUAGCUUUCUUUGCUGGUGGGCUUCACGGGCCCGUUAGGCCCGUUCUUCUGGAGCACUGGGAGAACAAAGACGAGGACAUUCAGGUCCACAAGUACCUACCAAAGGAUGUGGCCUACUACACAAUGCUGAGGAAAAGCAAGUUCUGUCUGUGUCCAAGUGGGUACGAGGUUGCAAGCCCAAGGGUAGUUGAGGCAAUUUACACUGGUUGUGUACCAGUGCUGAUUUCGGACCAUUAUGUCCCUCCGUUCAGUGAUGUGUUGAAUUGGAAAGCGUUCUCCGUUGAGGUUUCGGUUAAGGAUAUUCCUAGACUGAAGGAGAUUUUGUUGAGCAUUUCUCCUAGGCAGUAUAUAAGGAUGCAGAGAAGAGUGGGACAAAUUAGGAGACAUUUUGAGGUACAUUCUCCACCAAAGAGGUUUGAUGUAUUCCAUAUGAUCCUUCAUUCCGUGUGGCUCAGACGGUUAAACUUUAGAAUUCAUGAUGAUCUAUAACUUGGUAGCUUUUUUUUGUUGUUAUGCCACUGGUGACAAAAAUUAAUUAGUUUCGGCGGUAUGAGGUGGUACAUGUGAUUCUCUUCUUUGUCCUGUGUAAAAUUAUUCAUAGAGGAAGCAUAGGAUUCCAAUUUGCCAGUAUGCCUGGAUUCCAGUUCAUUUUAAUA